CGGAGGCGGAGCGCGGCCGCGAGCGGGGGUGAGGGGUUUCGGUUGUCGCGCGAUCGCAGUAUUUGAAUAUAUUGCAGUCAAUGGGGCAAGCCGUUCAUAUUUUUGAUCUUGAUGGUAGGAUUAUUUAUUGGAACCGGUCAGCAGAGCAUCUUUAUGGGUUUUCAUCAUCAGAAGCACUUGGUCAGAAUCCCAUUAGCCUGCUUGGAGACCCCUGCGACUUUGAAAUUGGAAAUAGUAUCAUCCAACGGAAUAUGAUGGGGGAAAGUUGGACAGGAAAAUUUCCUGUCAAGAACAAAUCAGGGGAGCGCUUUGUAGUCAUUGCCACUAACACUCCAUUCUAUGAUGACGACGGUGGUCUCGUUGGAGUAAUAUGUGUAGCGAGCGAUUCACGGUCGUUGCAGGAAGUGGCAACGUCUUCCUGCUGUCCAAAACCUAUGGCAUCUGGCUCUAACAUAUUUAGUCGGCCGAGAAUCGGUUUAACUAGCAAAGGAGGUUCAGAUUCGCAGCAACCUCUUCAAGUUGCCAUUGCUUCCAAGAUAUCGAAUCUGGCAACUAAGGUGUCAACACAAGCCACUAAGGUCACAAACAAGGUUCGUUCCCGAAUAAGGACAUAUGAGAAUAUGGAUCGUGAAGGUGGAAGUGGAGAAAGCCAAUAUUCUGACCAUGAAACAGCAUCGGAGCAGAAGGAGGAUGGUAUGUCAAGUGGAGCUAGCACACCUCGAGGGGACAUACCGCCUUCUUCCUUCGGUGGAGUAUCUUCAACAUCCAAUGAGGAAAGAUCUCCAGGGAAAACAAGCAAAGCUAAUGAGGACACUGAAGGAAAAGCAGGAAUUCACAAGAUCAUAGGCUCAAAAGCCGAGGCUUGGAUGGCAAAGAAAGGGUUAUCAUGGCCAUGGAAAGGUAACGAGCAAGAUGGUCCUGAUUCAAGUAAUCGGUUUGGUUGGUCAUGGUUACAUGGAGAUCAAGAAAGCGAUGCGAGUCAACCAAGGGACUCUGAAACAUGCAGUAAGCCUGAAAGCCAGGUGAAUGAAAACAACCGGGCUGGAAAUAAUGAGGCUUCAGGAUCUUGGUCCUCUUAUAAUGCAAACAGCGCAAGUAGUGUCAGUAGUAGCGGAAGCACCACUAGCAGCAGUGCUAUUCAUAAAGUGGAUGUUGAGACUGACUGCCUAGACUAUGAGAUAUUAUGGGAAGACCUUACUAUUGGAGAGCAGAUAGGUCAAGGUUCUUGUGGAACUGUAUAUCAUGCUUUGUGGUAUGGCUCGGAUGUCGCUGUUAAGGUAUUCUCGAAGCAGGAAUAUUCAGAUGAUGUCAUACUUUCCUUUAGGCAAGAGGUAUCUCUUAUGAAGAGGCUACGACAUCCAAAUAUACUACUUUUCAUGGGUGCAGUUACUACUACUCAACGUCUUUGCAUUGUGACUGAGUUUCUCCCACGUGGGAGUCUGUUUCGGUUGCUUCAAAGAAACACAACCAAAUUUGAUUGGAGAAGGCGUGUUCAUAUGGCUUUAGAUAUCGCAAGGGGCGUGAAUUAUCUUCAUCAUUGCAAUCCACCCAUCAUUCAUCGUGAUUUGAAGUCAUCCAAUUUGUUAGUAGACAAGAACUGGACUGUGAAGGUUGGAGACUUUGGUCUUUCCCGUCUAAAACAUGAAACUUAUCUAACAACAAAAACUGGGAAAGGAACGCCUCAAUGGAUGGCACCAGAAGUUCUUCGCAAUGAGCCUUCAGAUGAGAAGUCUGAUGUGUAUAGCUAUGGAGUAAUACUAUGGGAACUUGUCACUGAGAAGAUUCCUUGGGAUAAUCUCAACUCAAUGCAGGUAAUUGGAGCUGUAGGUUUUAUGAACCAAAGAUUGGAGCUCCCAAAAGACUUGGACCCACAAUGGGUCUCAAUCAUUGAGAGUUGUUGGCAUAGUGAUCCACAACUCCGGCCAUCAUUCCAAGAGCUACUCGAACAGUUCAAAGAUUUGCAGAGGAAAUACGUAGUUCAGUCUCAAAUGCAACGUACUGCUCAUGGAAAUACAGCACAAAAUGCCACAAAACUAAAUGCUGAGGAGUAAAAGAUUGGUACUUGCUCAAUGCUUCAGAUGGGAAAAUUAACUCUGGACCCGCUUCAGAUGCACAACUAAUUCUUGAGAUGCCCGAGAAUUGUAGCAAUUUGCGGUGCUCCAUUUUCUUGGCAAAGCCAAGCUCAAAAAUUCGAAUCAUUUUCUGGACUGAAUUAUUUUUCACACCGAAGUUACUUCAUUCGCCAAAGAAGAGAAAAGAUAAUAAUAAGUAAUAUUGUGUAUAUCAAUGUCAAGAAGGGGGUUUUUUGGUGGGAUUUUUUGAAGUGCAAGAUCCCAUGUUGUAGUCUUAUACGUCGAAGUGGAUGUAUUUGGUGGUUGUGGAUAAUUGCCAACUCCUGUAAGUGUAAAAACAUUACUAACCUGUUGAAAUCAUAAGGGCAUGGGUUGUUUUGUAAUAUUGUUGUAGUUAAACCUGCUUGAGGAGCAAUAACAGCAUAUGCCGCCACCAGGUAAAAUUCAUUCUAAAAUUAUACCCUUUGGCAC